AUUGAUAGGCAACUGCACUGAAUAAUUGCGUAAAGCUUUCCACUUAUACUGCUUUUACCUCCUCAAACAAGAUUGCGUGUAUAUAUGAUUGUGACCCAAAAAGACAAAAAGAACUUGCAAAUUGGAAGUUGAGAGUGAAAAUUAUUGUACAUCCCUCCACCUAGAGCAGUACUAUGUAAUAGAUUCCACUUUAUCAACAACUUUCACCAAGAAAUAACAGCAGAAAUGGUGAAAGCUAUCAGAGUUCAUGAAUUUGGUGGCCCUCAGGUUCUGAAGUGGGAGGAUGUGGAAAUUGGUGAGCCUAAAGAAGGAGAAGUGCAUGUGAGGAAUAAAGCCAUUGGGGUCAAUUUCAUUGAUGUCUACUUUGGCAAAGGAGUUGACAAAGCCCCCUCUUUGCCCUUCACUCCAGGUGUGGAGGCUGUUGGGGUUGUGAUAGCUGUAGGUGUUGGAGUCACUGAUUUGCAAGUUGGAGAUCUUUUAGCUUAUGCAGGUCCACCACCAUUGGGCUCAUAUGCUGAAGAACAGAUUCUUCCUGCAAAUAAAUUAGUCUCUGUCCCUCCCAAAAUUGACCCAAUUAUUGAGGCAUCCAUCAUGUCCAAGGGCAUGACAACUCGUUAUUUGCUUCGAUCUUGUUUCAAGGUUGAACCUGGUCACACGAUUCUUGUACACGCAGCAGCCGGUGGAAUGGGAUCCCUAUUGUGUCAGUGGGCAAACACUCUUGGUGCAACUGUUAUUGGAACUGUAUCCAAUAAAACGAAGGCAGUUCAAGCCAAGGAAGAUGGCUGUCAUCAUGUUAUCAUCUAUACAGAAGAGGAUUUUGUUGCCCGUGUCAACGAAAUUACAUCAGGCAAUGGAGUUGAAGUAGUCUAUGAUUCUGUGGGAAAAUCUACCUUUGAGGUAGUACCUAUUAUAUCCUAUGCUACAUGUAUAUGAAUUUUCAAAGUCAGAUUGUUGGGUCCUUGAGUGAAAAAAUACAAUUAUUAAUCUUGGGUCUUGCAUGGCGGUAUCCAUCAGGCAUCAGCAGUUGUUUAUUUCUUGUGUUCUGUAUGUGCUCCUUCUGUUAUGAUGACUAAAGUUGUUUAUUUUUUUGUUCUAUAUGUGCUCCUUCUGUUAUGAUGACUGAAGUUGUUUA